UUGUGCUGUUUAAAUCGGUUGCUCCUGAGUGCCAACCAAUGUCAGACAAAAAGUUCAUAUUUAAAUCAUAUUUGCAUUUGUUUAUAGAUCUGGCAAACAUUUCAGUUCCAUCAGGCUUUGGUAGAACUGUUCUUCCUUUAGGAACUUGCUCUGAGCUGAGCUCCCCCCUACAGCCAACCUUUGCCAGUCUUGGGACUUGAACUCACAACCUUCUGAUUAGUACCACUGCUUUCCCAUACCACACAAACAGCAAUUACAAUGUGGUUAAAAUUAUUCUUCCUGCUCCUUUACUUUGUGGUUUUGUUCAUCCUGGCUCGCUUUUUCGAAGCCAUGGUGUGGUACGAGACUGGAAUAUUUGCCACCCAGCUGGUAGAUCCGGUCACGCUGAGCUUUAAAAAGCUGAAGACCAUCCUGGAGGGUAGAGGGAUCGGGUACUCCGGACUGGCCGAGAAGCGGGACGUCCGAGAGCUGGUCCAGAACUCCGGUGAACUGAUGCAGGGGGAGCUGUAUUCAGCCAUUAAAAAUGAAAAGGAAGAAGCGGAAUCAGAUUCCAGCACCACUUUCAGUGGAGAGAUGCACUUUUAUGAGCUUGUGGAAGACACUAAGGAUGGAAUCUGGUUGGUCCAGGUAAUAGCACAAAACAGAAAUCCACUGCUCAGCACAACAAACUGGGGCAAGAUGGUACAGAAAGUCUCUCGGUUUGGCAUUCGCACUGGCACUUUCAACUGCUCAAGUGACUCGAGAUAUUGCCGUAAACGUGGCUGGAUGAAGUCCACUCUGAUCAUGUCAGUUCCUCAGACGUACGCCUCCAAGGGAAAGGUCAUGCUGAAGGAGUAUAACGGUCGGCGCAUCGAGACGGAACACAUCUUCAAAUGGAUGACCGCACACGUGGCCUCCCGCAUCAAAACCAUCCAGUUCUCCCAGCAGCUGAUGGACGACUGGUAUCAGAGAGACAGGCAGCCCGUGAAGAUGUUCCUGUUCGCCAAACUGCUCCAGCCUCCCGCCUUCUUUUCGGCGCUCAGCAUCAAAUUCACCGGCCGCAUCGAGUUCAUCUUCGUGGACGUGCGCAACUGGGACAACGUCACCUGCUUGGAGGAGAUCGGGGUGCGGCAGACGCCCUCGUACGUUCUUAAAACACCGGAGGGUAUCUACAGAUAUGGCAACAGCACGGGCGAAUACAUCUCCCUGCAGGCCAUGGACACGUUCCUGCGCUCAGUCCAGCCCGAGGUCAAUGACCUGUUCGUUUUAAGCCUGGUCAUGGUCAACCUGAUGGCAUGGAUGGACCUUUUCAUAACACAAGGAGCCACUAUUAAGCGCUUCGUGGUGUUGAUUAGCACACUGGGCACUUAUAAUUCUUUACUCAUCAUUUCUUGGCUGCCCAUUCUUGGCUUCCUGCAGCUGCCGUACUUGGAUAGCUUCUACGAGUACAGUCUCAAACUGCUGCGCUAUGCGGACACCACCACCAUCGCCUCCUGGGUCAGGGCCGACUGGACCUUCUACUCCUCACACCCGGCACUUUUUCUGAGCACGUAUCUCGCCCACGGCCUCCUCAUAGACUAUUUCGAAAAGAAGAGGAGGUGUGCCAACGAGGACCAGAACGCAAACAACCUGGAGUGGCUGUCCAGUCUGUGGGAUUGGUACACCAGCUAUUUGGUUCUUCCGAUCGCCUCUUUUCAGAAUGAAUCCGACUGGGACGACGAUCCUAAUUUCCUUCUGGAAAGGCUGGCGUUCCCAGAUCUCUGGCUUCGGCCGCUCGUUCCCAUCGACUACAUCAAAAAUCUGCCGACUUGGAAGUUCAGGCGCACGCAGUCUGAGAAGAGGGUCUCGCAGAAUCCAAAAAAUCCGGUGCACGCAUCGGUUGACGAACCAGGUACUGACCGGCAUCAUCACAGUUCGGAUGGCACGAAAUCCCACGAGUCCUGCUCUUCUGGAGAAGACCUGGACACCGACUGGUCCCAGUGGCCCUGUGGAAUGCUUCACUGCACCGAAUGUGUCGUAUGUUUGGAGAACUUCGAACCUGAAUGUCUGAUCAUGGGACUGCCGUGCGGUCAUGUUUUUCACCAGCAGUGCAUUGUGGUCUGGCUGGCAGGUGGGCAACACUGCUGCCCAGUGUGUCGGUGGCCAUCUUAUAAGAAAAGACCGGUCAGACAAGUUUAUGCAGAUUAUCCUCCUGAACCAGAGUAGCUUAAACCAUUAAUACAAAUGAAAUAAUUCUUGUGUUCAUUAGACUGUAGGCCUGGAGAUCCAUGUUAUCAUUUUCUUUUUAUUUUGGUGGUGUCCACAUACAUACACGUAGAUCUGUAGGUCUGUUCGUAAACCUAGUGAGGUGCAUACCUGGAUAGCUGUCUCAGCAGAGAGGAUUCUAAUAUCGAACUUCUAAGGCAGAUUAUUCUAUAGACGCACUACUUAUACAGCGAUUAUGGUGGUUACGUCACUGCGGUUUUAGCUUCAGGCCGUUUAAACCAACGGGCUGAGGCGGCACAACCCUCUAGUACACCAGCUAACGUCUCCCUCCGUGUAUCGAAAAUGGUUAAACUGUCCCUGACGAGCCUGAAUUUACAAAUAAACGACACUUAAUAUAAUAAUCACACCUUUAUACAGAUUAAACAUCAAUGAGAAUUUAUUUACAUUUGCAAAGAACUCAGUUGGUUGCUUCGCAUUAUAUUCAUCCGCCACGUUUGUAGUUUUUGUGAGAAAAGUCGUGCCGCACUGAAUGCUGGGAUUGCCUUCAUCGGAUACGCCCUCGUUAUUCAGUCAGAUCAUCACUCAGAAUUAAGGCGCCUCAGUAGGAGCAUUUUAAAGAAUCUAAGAAUUUAGACACGCCCUCUUCUCGGGAGUGUAGGAUGAUGUAAAAUGCAUCUAUGUAGAGAGAUCACCAGGUUUUCGGACUGACCCUAUAUUGGCCUUUUGGGGGCGUUAGACAUUUUUAGUCCAUGACUAUGGCUGUGUUCACAAAGAUAUUGUCAGCAUCCAUCAGAAAAGUCACUGAUCUGCACAAACAACCCAACAUAGACAUGCUCACACACACACACAGUUACGCCAAGCUGAAACCCGCUGUAAGUUGCUUUGGAUGUAAACAAUGACUGUCAUUAGUAGAGACAGGCUCAUUUGUCGUCUGUGAUAAAAAUCGAGGCGUUUUCUUCUUUUUCUCGCCCAGUUAAUGAGGUAUAAGGUGUGUGACAUAAAAAGUGUGUUAUUUCACCCUGGAUAACUAAAUAAAACACACACCUAUCAGUAUUGAUCCUCGUAUUUACUUGUUCAGAUGCUUUUAUUCAAAGCGACCUACGGUACUGUGACAGUAUAUUGUUUAAGCGAUCAAGGGUUAAGGGCCUUGCUCAAGGGCCCAGCAGUGGCAACCUGGACCAGGUGGAGUACCUUACCCGUAGACUACCACUGCCCUAAAACUAAAAACCCUGCUUGAUGUGACGUUUACACUGCAUUUACAUUUUCAGCAUUUAGCAGACACUUUUAUCUACAGCGACUUACAGUACUGUGACAGUAUCAGUCUAAGCAAUCGAGGGUUAAUGACCUUGCCCAAGGGCCUGACAGUGGCAACCUGACAGUGGUGGGGUUUGAACCAGCAACCUUCUAAUUACUAGUCCAGUACCUUAACCACUGAGCUGCAACUACAACGUAUAAUUAAUAAUAAUAAUAGUUAAAAAAACGAUUUUGUCCAUUGCAGAUCUACAUUAUGCUCACACAUAUCAAACACAUGUUAACCCAGGUAGGAACUGAAGUGGUUCUUCAGUAAUGCUAAAAGAAAAUUCGGUACAAAAAAUGAUCAUUCAUCCUAUAACACAGUUCUACAUUUAUAAAUGAAGAACUGGAAAUUAGAAAUGUCUAUUUAUUGUUUUUCCUUCCUUCUUCCUUUUUGGGGCACAAAACCAAAGAAAUUGAUCUGUCAGAAUUAAAAGAACUCAGAUUGAUAUCAUCUAUACCAUACAGCCCAUAAAUGCUAAAAACUGACCUGGAAGUCAGAUUUUUGGCAUCUAGUCAAAUAUGCAGCUUUUUUACAAGUCAGCACAGCACAGUGGCUCGGUGGGUAGCACAGCGAGAAGAUCUUUGGUUCUUUAGCAUGUUCUCUCUGUGUAUGUGUGGGUUUCCUUCGGAUGCUUCGGUUUCCUCCCACAGUACAAAGACGUGACCAUGUUUGAUAUUGAACUUGAUCUGAUGAAUCAUGUGUAACCUGUGAUGACCUGUGGCGUCAUGAAAAGAGCCGAAAGUGUAAAACACGACGUUAAAAUCCUAAUAAAUAAAUAAAUACAUUUAUACUCCACACUAGGGCGGCACAGCUAACUGGGUAGCACUGUCGUCUCACAGCAAGAAGGUCCUGGGUUUGAUCCCCAGUGUCUGUGUGGGUUUCCUCCGGAUGCUCCGGUUUCCUCCCACAGUCCAAAGACGUGCAAGUGAGGUGAAUUGGAGACACUAAAUUGUCCAAGACUACCGUUUCUGUCAUGAAUGUAACCAAAGUGCAAAACAUGACGUUAAAAUCCUAAUAAAUAAAUAAAUACAUUUAUACUCCACACUGCAGUUUUAAUAAAUGAGUGAUCAAACCAGUGAAAUUUUGCUGGAUGCCUGAAAUGUCUUCGUGAACACAGAAAGUUUCAUCUGUACCAAAAACUGGCUUAAUAGAAACUAAAAGAUAUAAAAGCUUACUUAUUUAUUAAUUGGCAUCAAAUGCCUUUCAUGUACUUGGGGUUAAAAAAGAGUUUGUGCAAUUGGCCGAGAGGUUGAGAAGUAUAAGCACUGACCGGCACUUUUGAGUCAUCCAGGUAAGGUGCAUAACAUGCACAACAUUUAAGAGAAGACUAAGUAAGUCUGCUUUUGAUGCCUCGCAGACUGUCGAUCAGAUAUUUGAGAAGUCCCUUACAUCAGCGUAGCGACCAUAGCAAAAACAAUGGAACCUAAGAAGCGGCUACAAGCCUCAUUUUUCCUCUUGCUUGUAAGACAGAUUUAACCUCAUUUGCCCAAUCAUCAGCCUGCUUGUGAGCUUUAUAUACAUGUUCAUUGUGUCUUUUUUAAUCGUUAUCAGUUAUAUUACAUGCUAAGUUAAGUUGCUUAAUUUAGAUCAGGCAGUCAUUAGUAACACUAAUAAAUAAAUCAUUAGACACUUCUCAGAGUCGCAGUGCUGAUCAGGUUCAGGAGAAAAGGUUUCCUUCGUGGUUUCAGUACACUAAAAUAAAAUGAGGCACAUUAUGGAAAUGAGGUCUGAAACCACUAAGCAAUAUACACUACAUGGCCAAGAGGGAUUCAGCUUCGUCAGCCACACCUAUUUUAAAGUAAAUACGCUUAAGCAUAUAGCCGUGCAGUCUCCAAAGACAAACACAGGCUGUAGGUAGUUUAAUUGGUUCUACUUUGCCAUUGCAACAGAGUUCAAACAAGUCAGUGUAGGAAAUUUUGCUCACUAGAGCUGCUAUUGUGAAACUGGAGAAAGAAAACAGCCCAGCUACAAAACUCCCAGGCCGAUCUAGACUGCAGAGUGCUUAAGUGCUUAACAUGAAAAAAAAAUUACAUUUACAGCAUUUAGGGGGCAGUUUUACUCAACGCAGUUUACUAGUGUGGUGAAAACAUUCUAAGCUCAAGGGCUUAACAGUGGAAACUUGGCAGAUGUGGAACUUAAACCAGCAACCUUCCAAUUUCCAGUCCAGUAUCUAAACCACUAAACUACCUGGGUAUGAAAUUUUGCCCACUUGAGCUGCGAUUGUGAAACUGAAUUCCAUCUAGGAGGAAAAAACAGCCCGGCUAAAAUCUCCCAGGACGAUCAAGGGCGUAGCAUUAAAAGAAGAGCAUAGCAUUUCUCUGAGCUGACAUGAGAAUGCUUUGAGUCAGGAGCCUAAACUCACUAAUGCUUCAGUGGAAGUGAAUCCCUGGAGUCACGGUCCAAAAUCUAGUUGAAGUACUUUCCAGAAAAAUGAAGGAUCUUGUAACUGUGAAUAUGGAUCAAUCCCAUAUUAGCACUCGUGAUUUUGGCUGUGUACUGUGUCUUGCUCUUGGAUGAAGCAAACUGGGUUUUUUUUUGAUAAAUCGACACCACGAAUCGAAGUGUCAUUCCAAAUAUUAGCAAGCAAACAGAUGCAAAUCCUUUAAAGCACAUGGAAUAGGGCAAAAAUGAUGUCCAUAUACUUCUGCUUGUCUAAUUAGCUUUCCACUUUGAUCAGAUCAUGAGUAUGUGUGCAAUAUAUAUGGAAAAUGUGCUAAGAAUUCUGCACAUUGGAAUUAAAUUGGCCUUGUGGUUUGUCUGCCUAUGUUACUGAGAUCUAAGUAAACACAGUCAGGGUUUGGCCCUGAUAAUUUAAUGAGAGAAGAUUUUACAAGAGAGAUUUUUACCUCCUCUUUAUCCUGGUCAUGGUUGCAGUGGGCCCAGUUUUACCAGAAACACUUGGCACAAGAUGAAAUACACCCCUGACAGGGUGACAGGGCACCAAUCCUACGGGCUUCAGGGCUAUUAUCCUGCAAACCACAAAUCUCUUUAACAGUUCAUGAUUUUAUUUCAUGGUUUUAAUUAAACCCACUGCUAAGGCUACAGAAAAGCACAUUUUCGAAUCUGGCACAUACCUAAAGCAAUUCAUCAAGUGCGCUCAGAUCAGUGCUUGUUUUUCUCCCCUGUGACAUAAUAAUCAUAAAUCUUUUCGAGGUGACUGUAUCUGUGCUUGUUUUUAUGCAGCUGUCAUCAAUUAGGCACAAAGUACAGUACAGUCUCAUACCCCUGCAUUUUCAACAGUGUAUUUCUUUAAAGUGAUUCUUUUGUUAAAUGCACAUAGAAAAAAUGCACAUAGAAAAAAUAGGCAAACUGAGUGGUGUAAUAUUAAAAUCCAUUAAUAUACACUUCAGUAAUUCUGUUCCGGUGUGUUCUUUUGAUUCUUUUUUUAAAUGUUGAUUAAAAGAGGUCUUGACUUACCAGCAUUUAUUAUUUGAAUUGAAUUAGAUUGAAUUUGGAGUACAUACAAUUGCUGUAUUUUGUGUUUCAUGCCAACAUAAAGAUGUUUAAAUAUGAUAUGGAAUAUGAUCAUUGUAUUAGAUUUCUGAUACAAUGAAUUUAGAGCCUUGUGAUGCAACAUUAAUGAGUUUAUACAGUCUAAGUAUGAAACCUGUUGGGCAUUUUGAAGAUAUAAUAGGAUUUAGCUUUAUUUCAGUCAUCAUAACCUCUGGCAAUGUGGACUUACUAUUUAACAUAAACACCUUAAAUAACAAAAUGCUCAAAGCUUGCACAAAGAGCAAAAUAGCAAAAAAUUUAGACCAAUCCAAUUGUUUCACUUGUGCUGAAUUGCUUAAGUAAAGCACGACUGAAUCUUUGCAUUGUAAUAACAAUAUUAAUGUUACAGACUGAAUCCCAUUGACUUACUCUAAUGCUGUAAUGAAUCUGAAACUGAACCUGGGAGCUUCUGUCUUCUUCUGUGAGGUUUAAAUCAUUAAAGUAGAAUUUUCAUGG